AUGUAUCAAAAUUUUAACCAAAAUUCGAAUGAAGCAACAAACAUGAAUAUUAAUGAAGAUCAAUUUCUUGAUUUCUUCGAAAGAGUAAUUACAGAGAAUGAACCACAACAAAAUAUUCGUCUUUGUAACGAAGAUUCGAUCACUACCGAGCAAUCACAACAAUUUUCUAAACAGGUUUCUAAAAAUGUCCCUUUCAAUUCAAUGGGACAGCAACAAUUUCAAAUUAAUAAUAACAAUAAUUCAGUUGCACAUGACCAUAAUUUUGGUAAUAUGGAUUUUAAUUAUGGAUUUGGAAAUACCAAUAACAGUGCCAACAUAUUCACUAAUAAUAACGUGAUGAUACAGCAACUUACACCUUCUUCUUCUUCUUCUUCUUCUUCUUCUUCUUCUUCUUCUUCUUCUUCUUCUUCUUCUUCUUCUUCUUCUUCUUCUUCUACCUCAUCAGCUUCCUCUGCUUCAUCUUUAACUAACAAUAAUAAUGCAGUUACUAUUGAUUCUACCACAUUACAUACAUUCGACAGGGUGACUACGGUAGUAAAGAAUGAAGGUAAUACGGAAGAAUUUAAUAAUAUUUUAAAACUAAAGAAAGUGCAAAAUAACUCUAAAGUUAAAAAAUUACCAUCUCUAAUUUCUGCUUUGCCCCCAACAAUAACGCCCGUAUCAGAUCCUGAAAGUAAGGGAAAUAUGAACGAUGAUGAUGAUUCUACUAGUUUUACAAAUAUUCCGUUACCACCAUGUAAAAAUAAGAGUAAUCAUAAGGUUGGAAAAGUUAAAAAGAAAAAGAAGAAAACUUCUCAUAAUGUUAUCGAGAAAAAAUAUAGACUCAAUAUUAAUGAUAAAAUUUCCCAAUUAAGAGAUAUUGUUCCAACAAUUAGUGUUACCUAUAAGGAAUUGUUAAAAGUGCCCAUCGAACAACAAGAUAUCAUCAACUUAGAUGGCUUAGAACCGACCCACAAAUUAAAUAAAGGUAGUAUUUUAAACAAAACUAUCGAAUACAUUAAGCAUUUACAGAAACGUUGUGAUGACUACAGGGAGAGAAAUGAUUUAUUGGAAAAGUAUUUUGUAAAUUAUCCCCAAGCUCAACAAACAUACGGUAUUUCAGCAGAUGAUAUGUAUGUUAAAAGAGAAUAUGAUAAUGCAUAUCAAUGA